AUGUCUGAGCUGCAGAGAGUAGUUCUCUCGUCACUGUUUGUCCUUUGUUUAAACACUGUCUCUGGUUGUGAACUGUUAAAUAGGUUCCACAUGCCAAGUUUGUUUAAACAUGGAGACAUAAUGAUUGGAGGAAUUUUUCAAGUUUCUGAAAAAGAGAUCAGCAGCAUUUCUACAUUUGAGAACAAGCCACCUGGAGUUAAAUGUGUGGGGUGAGUUAAUGAGUAUUUGGCUUUUUCAUCCAUCACAUAUAUUUCUCUAAUUGAAGUUUUAAUAAUUUAAAACUUUAAGAAAAUGUUAAGCUGCAACCCUAUUGUUGAAAUCCUCUUUUAGAUUUGACCUCCGUGCUUAUCGAUGGAUCCAAGUGAUGAUGUUUGCAAUUGAAGAAAUCAACAAAGAUCCUGCUCUCCUGCCAAACAUUUCUCUUGGCUAUGGGAUCUUUGACUCAUGUGCAUCUCCCACAAAUACUUUGCGUGCUGCACUGACACUGGCAAGCAGACCAGAGGAGACUUCAGCUUGUCCUCCAGCCAUACCUGCCAUCAUAGCAGAGGGAGGAUCGACUCAGACCUUAGCUGUGGCAGAAGCUUUUGGACCUUUUCAAGUACCAAUAGUAAGAGAUUUGAUAAUGUGUUUAUUGUAUAACUUACUGUCACUUGGUGUAUUACUUUUAGAUGUUUUUGUGAUAGGAUGGAAGUUGAAGUUUAAUUUAAGGUAUAAUUGGUUUCAUGAUCUCUUAACAUUACCUGCUUUUUUCCUGAGUAUAAACCGAGUGUUUGAUGAAUCGAUCUAUUCAGCAGCAGAUGAGUGGCAGUUUAAAUAAUCAGUUUCAGCUUAGUUUUUGUGCAACUCUGAAUUUUAAUUGUAAAGUUAAUAAUACUAGCAGCACAAGAUGACCCAGACUUAAAAAAUACAUUUUCAAAAACUCCCUUUUAUCUUUAAAGCAGUUAAAUCAGAUUAACACACUAAAUGAGGGGCAAUGCCAGGAAAAAUCCAAUUAUAAAGGAGAAGGGAUUGUUGCAUUAUUGCUGCAUGAUUUUUUUCAACUGAUUUAAUUUAAGUUAACUUUUUAUUUAUUUAUUAAUUUUUUUUCUUUCUGACUGUUUCUUUGUAGGUGAGUUACUUCUCAACAUGUGCCUGCCUCAGUGACAGAGCUAAGUAUCCUUCAUUUUUUCGAACUAUUCCCAGCGAUUAUUUCCAGGCCAAGGCUUUAGCAGCUCUGGUUAAACGCUUUGGUUGGCAGUGGAUUGGAGCCAUACACUCAGACAAUGAGUACGGAAAAAAUGGUGUCCAGGCUUUUACCAAAGAGGUUAAAAAACAUGGAGUUUGCAUUGCAUUCGUCAGGACCUUACUACAUACUUACACCAUGGAUAAAAUUCGGAGUAUUGUUAAAACGAUUAAGCAGUCAACAGUCAAGGUCAUCCUUGCUUUUGUCCCGUAUAUCGACUUUUACCCUUUGAUGCAAGAGGUUGUAAAACAGAACAUUACAGGAAUUCAGUGGAUUGCUAGUGAAGCCUGGAUCACAGCAAUUCAACUCUCAACACCUGAAAUGUACCAAGCUUUUGGUGGUGCCUUGGGGUUUGUGGUGCAGAAGAUGGCGAUUCCAAAACUGAAACCUUUUCUCACAAACAUUAGCCCCUAUACUGAUCCAAGUGCAGCCUUUGUAAAGGAUUUCUGGGAGGUGAUGGUGGGCUGCAGACCUGUUUCAUCUGGAGAGCACACAGGCACUGAGACAAUAGAUGAAGUAUGCACAGGCAGUGAGACUUUCAUGGACCUCCAGGAUGUGUUCUUCGAUGUCACUCAGCUCCGAGUUUCUUAUAAUGUCUAUAAAGCAGUUAAUGCUAUUGCUCACGCCCUGCAUCAGCUGGUUUUCUGCCAACCAGUUGGAGGAAAAAUCAUGGAACCAUGUUUGAAUUUAUCAGAUAUUCAGCCCAAGGAGGUGAGAAAUCUUACUAGGAAAAUUUACAAUCUCUCCAACUUUUUAGUGUUAACACUAAUAAAUACUGUGCUUCUUUGCUCAGGUCACUGAUCACCUACAAAAAGUGAAUUUCAGGAAUCAGUUUGGCGAUGAUGUGUUUUUUGAUGCCAAUGGUGACCCUCCUGCUUCUUAUGAUAUAAUUAACUGGCAGCUGAGAGACGGUCAUGUGCAUUAUGUCACAGUGGGUCAUUUUACUUCUACUGCUGAUGGUGACUAUAAACUCAGCAUCAAGGACAAAGACAUUGUGUGGAGGACAGAUAAAAUGGUAACUUUCAUGGCUUUUUCAUACAAUAUCCUAAGUACAAGUAAAAAAAAAAAUAAAAAACUUCAUCUAUUUUGUCCUUGUUUCCCCAGAUUCCCACAUCAAUAUGUUCUGCAGAUUGUCCAGUAGGAACCAGAAAAGCUCGAAUCAAAGGAAAACCAACGUGCUGCUUUGACUGUAUCCUGUGUGCAGAUGGAACAAUAGCCAACUCAACAGGUAUGAAAAGCAUGUUUGUGAAAAUCACUGAUGUACAAGAUUCAGUAUCAUAGUAAUUUUGAAGUCUUUUUAUAGUCCUGAUUGUUAAAGGCAAAGCGUUUUUUGAUCUUUUUUAAAUCCACAGAUUUAUUCAGGCCACUGGGCAAAUGCACAGAGGCACUGGCCACUGUGGAUUUUUUCUCAUUUCUCUUCUGGACAAAUUUCAAUUCAGUACUAGUCCUACAGCUUGAAGAGUUGUAGGACAAAUUAUAUAUCAAACCUUGCAGUUAGAUCAUGAUUAAUGUGCCAUUACUCUUUGUUAUCUAUUAUGAAUUUUUAUGACAUACGUAGCAAAAAAAUGAAAAAAGUGUUGCUUUGAAAUUAAUGGGACAAGUAACAAAAGAGCAAUUAUUGGAGUUCAAACAUCUCCCGGCUUGGCAUACUUUCACCUAGAGACUCCAUUUAAACAUUGAAAUGUAGACACAGGUCUUGUCUAUAAGUGUAUAUAUGCACGUUGUGAUAGGUAUCACAGUUUUUGAUCAUUUACUGUUCAAUGACCAUGAUCAUUUUUGGAGAAAUUUUAAGGUUAUAAUGGGUGUAUAUUGCAUUGAAUGUUCGUGUCAGAGUGGGUGAAAUCAUCGGCCAGAGUGAGAGAAGUUGCAUAAAAUUUUCUAAAACUUUGGACUUUUCAUGCUCCUUCUGACCACAAAUUACACUCUACAUCCAUGUUUUAUUCCACAGUUGUGGACAUAUUUGUUCUGUCUCUAACGAGGUGUUCAUCCAAGCAGAGAGACUUACAAAUUGCAAAUAAUGAGCCUCUAAGUGCAGCAAUGUCUCUCUCUGCUUCUCGUUGAUACUAAUACAAAGAAUUCCUGAGAGAGGCAGAAUGAACACCUGUUUAUAACUUGAAAGUAUGUCCAAACUAUGUACUGUAGAAACAACAAAAUCAUAUCAAAGGAUUGAAGAAGUCCUUACGAUGACAACAGACUGCUUUUUUCUCCUUUCCAAAUUUCCCAGAGGAAAUUUUCUAGUUUAGAACUCUUGUAAUUUUUAUUAAAAUAUACAGCACAUACACAGGGCUGAAUAUCUCUGUUUAUGUUUAAUAGGUGCAACUGACUGCACUCCCUGUCCUCGGGAAUUCUGGUCCAAUGAGAGGAAAGAUGAGUGCAUUCCUAAAACUAUUGAGUUCCUGACAUAUGCUGAGCCAAUGGGAAUAGCUCUUUCGGUUGUAUCCCUGCUGGGUGCUUCACUGUCUUUGGUCACUAUGAUCAUCUUCAUCUUCUACAGAGAAACUCCUGUCAUAAAGGCCAGCAACUCUGAGCUCAGCUGUUUCCUGUUGUUUUCUCUUUUCUUGUGUUUUCUCUGUCCUCUCACUUUCAUUGGCAGACCCACAGUCUGGACAUGCAUGCUGCGACACACAGCUUUUGGUGUGACCUUUGCUCUUUGUAUCUCCUGUGUUUUAGGUAAAACUAUUGUUGUAGUCACAGCUUUCAGGGCCACCAUCCCUGGCAAGAAAGUAGCAGAAAAGUUUGGCCCUGCACAGCAGAGGAUCAUAGUUUGCUCCUGCACUUUGAUUCAGAUAGUCAUAUGUGUGUUGUGGCUCAAAUUAAAGCCACCUUUCCCAGACAUGGUUUUCACAUACAGCAAUAAGAAGAUUGUUCUGGAGUGUAACACAGGCUCUGAGGCUCCAUUUUACUCAGUGCUGGGAUACAUUGGGAUCCUUGCAGUACUUUGUUUGGCCCUGGCAUUUCUUGCAAGAAAGCUUCCUGAUAACUUUAAUGAGGCUAAAUUCAUCACCUUCAGCAUGCUGAUAUUCUGUGCUGUCUGGAUCACCUUUAUCCCAGCUUAUGUCAGCUCUCCUGGAAAAUUCACCGUAGCUGUGGAGAUAUUUGCUAUUUUAUCAUCAGCAUUUGGAUUAUUAAUCAGCAUAUUUGCUCCAAAGUGUUACAUCAUAUUGAUAAAGCCGGAGAAAAAUACCAAGAGACAUGUCAUGGGAAAAGUCUGA